AUGGAUGAGCCUGAGAGCCUUCGGUGGAGGGUUGGGACGAGGAUCGAUGGCCGGUUCGAGAUCAUAGGUGGGCUGUAUCUCUCGGACGGGGACUACGACGAUAUGGACAGGAAGAGAUCUUUCUCACAAUGCCAGAGUCACGAUAGUGCAACAACCCCUGCUGACGAGCGCAGAUGUUCAGUUGCUCACGAGGGAUGGACGAGAGUCUUGGGGUUUGGAGAAUGGGAUGACAAGAGCUACCUCGUCGCAGAGGACAUCGCGGGAGAGCCCCUGGAGGACGUGUUGCUUGCCGCUCAGGCAAGAGGAGAAUACGUUCCUGAGAGCUUCGUCCUCAAGGCUGUGUCUGACCUCCUGCUCAUCCUCGACGCGGUCCACAGCAAGAACGACCUGGUGCAUGGCGACGUCUGCACCGGCUCCACCUUCGUGAGCGAUGGCAAGGUCAAGAUCCUGUGCAUCGGGCUGUCCAAGAGCCUGCACCAGUCCUUCACAGACGUCCUGCCCUACAUGUCGCCCGAGCAAGUUCGAGCAGAAGCGGUUGACGCUCGGACGGACGUGUGGGCUGUUGGUGUCAUGAUGUUUCGCAUGUUCACUGGUCGAUUCCCCUUCCUCCGCUCCCCCCAUCGGGACCUCCGUGAGGCCAUCCUGACGGCCCAGGUGCCGCGGGUCCGAGACAUCAACCCGGAGGUCUCCUCCUUCGCUGAAGACGUGAUCCAGCGAGCUCUUGAGAAGCAGCCCAACGCGCGCUACCGCUCGGCCAUCGAGAUGCUGCAGGACAUCGUCAGAGGCGCUUCUCCCAUCGAGGCUGCGCAGAUCAACCCGAGCUCGAUCACUCACAGCAUUGCGGACAAUCAGCGGCAGAACCCUGACAUCCAGCAAGCCUUCAUGUCCCCGAGGAGGGAGGCCGUGUCGCUCCGAGCCCCCGAGGCAGCGAGCGCCCCUAGGCAGGAGUCGGGGCAGAGCAACGUAAUGCCGAGACAGGAGGGUCUGUCUCGUCUGUCUCAAGCAGGUUUCGCGUUGAAGCCGCUCGUCUCCUCUCCCAACAGGUCGACGGAGCCUUGGAGGGAAGACCAGGGACCUCUAAGUGCUCGCAGCGUCCCUCAUCCUGCCGCGCAGGAGAGGGCACAACCUGGCGCUCCUGCUCCUGCACCUGCUCCCACCCCAAGAGAAGCAAGGGCUCCUGGAUCUGUCGGGCUGGUGGUCACCAGGGACGUCCCUCACACGGUGCUGGAAGUGCUGGACGUGAGUGACGUGGAGGGGACGCUGCAGGGGCAGGCAGGUUAUCAGAACAUCGACAUCCUUCCUGGGGACAGGCUGCUGGCAGUCAACAACGUCGCAGCAGAAAUGCUCCCCAUCCAAGUCGUGCACGAGCUUCUACGUGGGCCAUCAGGGACUGUGGUGAACCUUCAGCUGGGGAGAGGACACAAGACUUUCGAGCCGCAGCCCCAGCAGCACCUGAUGACGCCUCGUCCUCCUCCCAAGAUGCAGUCGCUGGACCCUGUGCCGCAGGACAACGGUCCUCUUCGAGUGAGCAAGCGGGCAGGGAUGGGCAGCUUCACGAGCAUCACCUCUGCCGUCAGCAGAGCAGCGGCGGGGAGCACGAUCGUGGUAGACGGAGGCUUGUACGAGGAAGAGAUCGUUCUCGAUCGUCCUGUCUCCAUCGUCUGCGAUGGCAACGACCGAGUCGUACUGCAGGGCAGCCAUGGCCGCCCGCUGCUCAAGUGCUUUGCCGACAACGUGAGCAUAUCGGGGAUGGCCAUGAAUCAGACUGGAGGAGACUCGACGAGGAGGGGAAAGGAGACUGUGAGGGCCGUCGAGUGCUUCCGCGGCUCCUUGAACCUGCACAACUGCAGCGUGUGGAGUGAUCGGGGGAUCGCGGUGAUGGUAGCGGAGAACGGCGUGCUGGUGGCGGAAGGAUGCAACCUGUGCGGGAGCGGCAAGUGCGCUAUCCUCGCCACUGACAACGGGAACGCUCGGUGCGAGAGCUGCGAGGUGAACAGGAAUAGGAUGUACGGGGUCGUGUGCCAGAGCGGAGGGAAGGGAGUAGUGAGCAAGAGCCAGGUGUGCAACAACGGAGCUGUCGGGGUGCUCGCGCACAGGACCGGGGCUGAGUGCAUCCUGACUGAGAGCGAAAUCAGCGACAACGGAGAGAUGGGAGUAGCGGUUCAGGACGGGGCCCAGGUGAACCUUGAGAAGAAUCGUGUAGCAAGGAACCGACAUGCCGGGCUGUACGCUGACGGCCAUGGCGCGUACGCGUCGGCGUGGAAGACAGAGUUCUUGGACAACGGAGUGAGAGGUGUUGGGGUGCAAGGAGGAGCGUGCGUGGAGGCGGUUGAGUGCACGAUGUCGGGCAACAGGCAGGAGGGAGUGUUUGUGAGCGGCAAGAGCUCCAGGAGUCUCUUGCAGCAGAACGAGAUCUCGAGCAACGGAUCCAAGGGCGUCGGGAUCCAGAGCGGAGGGUUCGUGUUGAUCAAGGGAAAUCAGAUCAGAAAGAACGAGGAGGGAGGAGUCUUUGUAUGCGACCCGGAGACCCUCACGACGAUCAAAGACAACCUGCUCUCGGAGAACAGGAUGAGAGGAGUUGGCGUCCAGCUAGGGGCGACGGCGGAGAUCGAGAACAACAGGAUCUGCAACAACACGGCGGAGGGCGUCUACGUCAGCCGCCCCGGCAGCCGCGCUCUCAUCACAAAGAACGUGAUCGCAGGCAACGGGGUGAAGGGGGUGGGGGUCCAGUACGGGGCUGACGCAUCGAUCGAGGACAACGAGAUCUACGAAAACAAGAUGGUGGGGGUGCACGUGGACCAUGCGGGGUCGAGGGCAACGUUGAGGUACAACAACAUCAAGGGGCAGUCGGUGUCGAUCGCUGCAGAGGAGGGGGCCCUGGUGAAGAGCAUAGGGAACAACGUGGUCGACACCUCCUCCUCUUCCGCCAUGGAGACGGUGAUGGAGGAGGAAGAGGUCGAUACCGGGGAGCCCAGGGGCGCCGACGCCAUGUUCGAGAGUCCACAGAAGGGAGAGAGGAGCAAGAUGGAGUUCCCCAUGGCGGACGAGGGGUCGAGGGUGAUGACCCCCCGAGAGGACCCCAGCUACAAGUCCCUCCUGACCCCCCGCGAAGUCCCUACGCCGAGGACAAUGACGCUGCCGCGCGCCUUCCCCUCUCGGCUCGACGCCAUCAUCAACGAGCAGAUCAACUGGCCCUCUAAGGUGACUCCCUCCUCCGUCAACCUCUCCUCCCCGCCCUCCUCCUCCUCCUCCUCCAAGGGCAGCGGCGUCCCCGAGGCCUCCACCAAGCAUAGCCAAGACAAGGACGUCCCAGCGCGCAACGCGAGCUUGCGAGGGCGGCUGACAACUCCUGCGACCAACGGGGGGGCCGACCGACCCAACAUCGUUCCCACCCUCAAGCUCACGGGACUGCAGAACAACAGAGGAGUCGAUCCGCGGAAGGAACAGGAGACGGUCCCGGCGCCGCGGGGUACGGCUGCCCCAGACUCCUCCGGCGGCGUCAACAACCAACCUGGCAAAAUCUCAACCCCACGAGUUCUGGAGACAGGACCAGUCGAGACAGGAGCAGGAGGAGGAGAAGCGAAACCUUCCUUCAAGGACUGGGUCCUCAUGCCGACCUACUCCAACACCCCCCGGACCACCAGGACGACGCUUCCUGACAACGGGCUGGAGACAGACAAGGUUGCCAACUCUCCCAGGAUUGUUUGA